UGCUGACAGGCCCGGCCAGAACAGAAGUAGGAGGAAAUGUAGAGGAGGGAGAGGAUCUAUCUAUCUGGGUGGAGUCGAGUUCGAGGGGAUAAACAUCGAACCCAUCGGCCAACUCCAAUGCGAAGAAAGAGUUUUGACGGCCCACGUGCCACGUUGUGAGCACAAACAAGCAAGCAAGCAAGCCAGCCAGCCGUCCAUUCAUAUUCGUUCCCUUCCCCAUCGCGAAAAAAACUUCACCUAAGAAGUAUCGCCUCGCCCCCUCAAAAACCACAGCUCAACCCCCAACCAUUUUCUCUCUCUUCCCCCUCUCCCUGUGUGUGAAUCAAUGAAUUGUAUCCUUGGUGUUUGACAAAAUUCCAAAACCAGCGACCCCUUUCACUGACGAUCUCCACGAAGCUCCCCCUCCUUCCUCUCCCGCAUUGCUUCUUAAUCCUCUCUCUCCCCCUUUUCAAACCUCACUCCUCUGCGACAUCCUGCUGCUUCUUCAUGAUUCGAAUUUGGUGAGAGCGGUUGGUUAUUUAUAUAGCUUGGGUGGGAGUCGUUAACUAGCUGCGGACUUGAUCGGAGCGCUGACCUUGGAGUUGGGGAGAAUGGCUACCUUACCGCAUUCUCCAGCUGCACUCACCGGGCCAAAGGCUUCGGAUCUUCUCCGGAGCUCCAGCAGUGGUAUCUCCGGUAUCCCUUUGAGAACCUUAGGGAGAAAGCAGUUGGCAGGGUCCAGCUCGCGAGCUAGGGAUUUGUCAAUUGUGGCCAAGGUUAGAAAGGUUAAGAAGCACGAGUAUCCAUGGCCCGAUGAUCCGGAUCCCAAUGUCAAGGGCGGAGUCCUUUCUCACCUCUCUCAUUUUAAGCCUAUGAAAGAGAGGCCAAAGCCUGUCACUUUGGAUUUCGAGAAGCCUCUCGUUGAUCUGGAAAGGAAGAUCAUUGAUGUGAGGAAGAUGGCAAAUGAUACUGGUCUGGACUUUACUGAUCAGAUUGUCUCAUUGGAGAACAAAUAUCAACAGGCCCUGAAGGAUUUGUAUACCCAUUUGACCCCUAUACAACGUGUGAACAUUGCACGGCAUCCUAACAGGCCCACUUUCCUCGAUCAUGUUUUUAGCAUCACAGAAAAGUUUGUGGAGCUUCAUGGAGACCGAGCAGGUUAUGAUGAUCCUGCUAUUGUAACUGGGAUAGGAACUAUAGAUGGUAAAAGAUACAUGUUUAUGGGCCACCAAAAGGGUAGAAACACUAAAGAGAAUAUUAUGCGCAAUUUCGGGAUGCCCACACCUCAUGGUUAUAGGAAGGCUCUACGAAUGAUGUAUUAUGCAGAUCACCAUGGAUUCCCCAUUGUUACUUUUAUUGAUACGCCUGGAGCAUUUGCCGACCUUAAGUCUGAGGAGCUAGGCCAAGGUGAAGCAAUUGCUCACAACUUGAGGACCAUGUUUGGUCUAAAGGUACCAAUAAUUUCAAUUGUUAUUGGUGAGGGUGGCUCUGGUGGUGCUCUGGCCAUAGGCUGUGCUAAUAAAUUGUUGAUGCUUGAAAAUGCCGUCUUCUAUGUUGCAAGUCCAGAAGCAUGUGCCGCGAUUUUGUGGAAGACUGCCAAAGCUUCUCCAAAGGCUGCCGAGAAGCUGAAGAUUACUGCUAAUGAAUUGUGCAAGCUGCAGAUUUGCGACGGGAUAAUACCUGAGCCACUUGGGGGGGCACAUGCAGAUCCCUCAUGGACCUCACAACAGAUAAAGAAAGCAAUUAUUGAAUCUAUGGAUGAGCUCACCAAACUGGACACAGAAAACCUCCUAAAACAUCGUAAUCUCAAGUUCCGGAAACUCGGUGGGUUUCAGGAGGGCAUUCCUAUUGAUCCCAAGAGAAAGGUCAAUAUGAAGAAGAAAGAAGAAUCCGUUUCAGGAAAGAUCCCAGUUAUAGAAUUAGAGAACGAGGUUGAAAAGGUGAAGAAGCAAAUUUUCAAAGCUAUGGAGUCAUCUGCUGACAACAAGCCCUCAGAACUAGCUCUGGACGAGAUGAUAACAAAACUGAAGCGGGAGGUCGAUCUCGAAUUCUCUGAAGCUAUUAAUUCCAUCGGCCUAGGAGACCGGAUCUCGAUGUUAAGGGAAGAAUUCAGGAAAUCAAACUCAGAACAACAACUCAUGCAUCCGUCACUGAUGGACAAGAUUGAGAAACUGAAAAAUGAAUUUGAUCAAGGCCUUUCUACUGCUCCAAAUUAUGGGAACCUCAAGUAUAAGCUUGAUAUGUUGAAUGAGUUCUCUAAAGUGAAGAGCAUCUCGGAGAGGAACAAUAAGGCUCAGGAACUGAAGCAGGAGAUGAAUGAAAAGCUGAAAGAGAUCAUCAUGGGUAGGCCGGAGAGAAAGGAGAAGAUUGAAGAAUUGAAGGCUGAGAUUCAAAAGCUACGUGCUUCUGGGAUUGAGAAUCCUGAUCGGGAGACAAAAGAGAGGAUUGGCAGGAUGAAGAGAGAGAUAGAUGUGGAAUUGGCAAAUGACCUCAAGUCCUUGGGGUUUGAUGUUGAGGUUGUGAAACCGAGUACAAAACAAGAUGAUGAGCAAGUUUCUCUCCCAGAGCUGAAGGCGAAGGUUGAAACUCUCAAAGAAGAAACUAACAAGAAGAUUGAAGAUGCAAUCAACUCGCCACAUAUUAAAAAUAUGAUCCAGUUGCUGAAAGUGGAGGUUGCAAAGGCAGGAACUACGCCUGAUCCAACUGCCAGAAAUAAAAUUGAAGCUCUAGAAAACCAAAUUAAGCAGAGAGUCGCUGCUGCUGUAAGCUCCCCUGAUCUAAAAGAGAAGCAUGUUCAGCUGAGCGUAGAGGUUUCCAAAACCGUGGAGUCUCUCGGAGGGUUGGAUGGUACCUUCAAAGAUGCUGAUCAGAACAACAAUGGUUCCCCGCAUGAUGAUUCUAGGGUGGAGAUUAACUAUGACGCAAACCGAGUAUAAUAAUCCUGAAGACGUAGCCACAGCGGUAAAGAUUUUCAGAACCUUGGACCUUCAUGUUCCCAACAAGAACACAUCUUUGUAAGGUUACGAUGCCUGACAGAAGAGAGUGCACGAGGUUUUGGUCUUCCAUGGGAAACAUGACAUCGCACAGCCAAUAGCAAUUGUUUUUGUGUUGGUUUUUUGCUCUCUUUUCCCUCUUGAAGAUGAGAGUUGAUAUUUAUGGUUCGCCUGAAACCCUUUUGGUACGGAGUCCAGUUGAGUUAAUUUAUUAUUAGUUUGCAUCCUAUUUUACUGAAGAAUGAUCCUGCCGAAUAGAAACAAACUUUGUUUUUAUAAACACUGUGGUGCUAUAAUCAUGAGUGGUCUCAGAAGUUAGCUGGCUGACUUCCGCCUAUCAGUAAUAAAAGAAAACUCAUCUGUUGAUAUAAAAGCAUACUUGCUGUGUUCAGCCUUUUAAUUGUGUACCCACAGGAG